CCGCCGGACGCAGCCGCAGGCCGGCCCGAGCCCCGUCCCCGCGCCGCGGCUCCCGCACGGCCGCCCCCGCCGCCCCGCGCCCCGCGCCCCGCCGCCCGCACCAUGUCCGCAGGGGGAGAUUUCGGGAACCCGCUGCGGAAAUUCAAGUUGGUGUUCCUGGGGGAGCAGAGCGUUGGGAAGACCUCUCUGAUCACACGGUUCAUGUACGACAGCUUUGACAACACAUACCAGGCCACCAUCGGGAUCGACUUCUUGUCCAAAACCAUGUACCUGGAGGACCGCACGGUGCGGCUGCAGCUCUGGGACACCGCCGGCCAGGAGAGGUUCCGCAGCCUCAUCCCCAGCUACAUCCGCGACUCCACGGUGGCCGUGGUGGUGUACGACAUCACAAACCUCAACUCCUUCCAGCAGACCUCCAAGUGGAUCGAUGAUGUCCGGACGGAGCGGGGCAGUGACGUCAUCAUCAUGCUGGUGGGCAACAAGACAGACCUGGCCGACAAGAGGCAGAUCACCAUCGAGGAGGGGGAGCAGCGCGCCAAGGAGCUGAGCGUGAUGUUCAUCGAGACCAGCGCCAAGACCGGCUACAACGUGAAGCAGCUCUUCCGACGCGUGGCCUCCGCUCUGCCCGGGAUGGAGAACGUCCAGGAGAAGAGCAAAGAAGGGAUGAUCGACAUCAAGCUGGACAAGCCCCAGGAGCCCCCGGCCAGUGAGGGCGGCUGCUCCUGCUAAUGCGGCUUCCUCUGCCACUUCCGCUUGUUGUGUUGCUUCCUAUUGGUUAGCUUCCUAAGGGGGGGCGGGACGAGCUCGGCAAGAUGGGAGGACUUUUCUUUUCUCUCUGUCUCUAGCGGUAGGGUGGGGUGGGGAGGGAGGCUGGGCACCAGGGAUCACGUCACUCUUAACAGCUGUUACUUAAACGACUAUUUUUUGGUUUGGUUGUAAUAUAUUGUACUUUAUUAAGAUUGCCAAAAACUGUUAAAAUUUAAAAAAAAAUUUAAAUCAUGUGUAUACAACUUUUUGCCAGAUAAAAAAAAAUGUAGUCCUUUUUAUUUGAAAGAUGUGCACUUUUGUUUUUGUAUAUUUGUAAACUUACAGAGAACCUUUCCACACACCUCCUCCUUCCUGUCCUCCGAACUGUCCACUCCCCCACGUCCCCAACCUCCAAGUUAAACCAGGCAACUGGUCAACCGCAGUCCGUCCUGCCCCUCAGCCCUUAGCCCCGGCACCUGGUUAAAUCAAACUCUGGUUGAACAAAACAGCCUCCAAAGAGGCAGCUGUAACUCUGUCUUUCCGUGUGGCCAGAGUGGGGUGUCAGUCCUGGCCCUGAGCCGGAAUUCUGGCCUGGACACCAACCAGAGAGCACGCCAGCACACCCCACACCCCCUCCCCCUCCCUGCAGCACACUCCACGCUCCCUGUCCCCCUCCCUGCAAAGCUCUGACAUGGUGGAGGGCAGCUUGGUGCCCUGGUGACAGGAGGAGCAGGAAGGAAGGACGGGGUGCUGCUGGGCAGUGUUGGGGCGGGGGGCAUCGAUGUGGAGCACCAUGUAUAGUUCUGGAAAUGUUGUAACCAGCCCGCCCGCCCAGCACUCAGCACAGCUUCUGGGUGGAAUGUAAGGGAAGGUCAGAGACUAACUCAGUGUGAGCCUGGAGCCGGGCCGCCUGGUAACCUGUGCACCUGUGAUUGUGUGUGUAGAAUCGCCAUCUCGAACAGGCAUGUUCCGGAUGCUUAGCUGCUAAUACUGCUUGGUGCCGUGUCGGGAAGAGCCGACUUCCUGGCCCUUCCUGCUGGCCCCGUGCAGUCGAAGUCUUUGUGUAUACGUAUCUUUGUGGAAUUGUAGCCACGUUCUGCUCACCCGAGGGCCGGGCUGCACUGGGGGUCCCCAGGGAAAGCCUUCCUGGCCAUCUUGACUCAUUUCUGAGAAGGGCUUGGUCCUGAGAACUGAUAAAACCGCUGAUGUGGCCUCUUCUCACUAGAUGAUGUGACUGACUUGGUCAGAACACAGACCCAGACGCGUUGAUCCUGAGCCUGCACCAAGCAGCCCAUCCCGGGCCCUUCCUCCCUGACAUGGGCCUCUUCAGGUGUCUCUGAGGCAUGUCCUAGUGAGACCGACCCACCACCUCGGGUGUGGGGAGGCAGGUGGCCUUCACAGAGCAAGGUUCUGACAAGUGGUUGGCGAUGAGCCAAUAAGUGGUGAAAGUUCUCAGAAAUGAAUCCAAAAUGGCAGCCAGUACGUGCAGUAGAACGUGGUUGGGGCCACUGGAAAUUCAUCGGUGGGCUCCUGUCACUUGUUCUCAGCCAAGGAGAUGGUGUGUCAGAGCUGAUGUGUAGAGGGGGAUUUGUCUUCAGGUAAAGGAAAGAGGAAACAGGAUUCCUCUUCCAGAAGGCAAGGACCAACAUAUGAACAUACUUACAGUGUCACAUGUUUAGUUUUUAUAUGUGUGUACAUAAUUAUAUAGAGAGAUAGACUUGUGUAUACACUCCCCACAGACAUCCUCACAGAGAUAAAUGUGCUCAAUGUCUAUUCUUGUUUUUCCUGCUCCCACGUGGGGCCUUGCAUUGUGGUAACAGUUUUGGGAAUUCAAAAGUACUGCAACGUGUUGACUUAAGAAUGACUUAAUAUUGUCCAAAAACAAAAAUAAGAAAAAAACCAACUUGUGAUUGUUUUUGCCAUCAAUAAAAACAGUGCAUAGACGUGUCAAACUCCA